GAGUUUUAGGGUUUCUUCUGCAGCUGAAGCUUUGGAACUUUAGGGUUUAGGUUUCUAAAGUGCUGCUGCAACAAUGGUGGUGAAGGGAGACAAAGGAAGAAAGGAGGAGGUCGUCACUAGGGAGUACACCAUCAACCUCCACAAACGCAUACAUGGAUGCACUUUCAAGAAGAUGGCUCCUAGAGCCAUAAAGGAAAUCAGGAAGUUUGCACAGAAGGCAAUGGGGACAACAGAUGUUAGAGUGGAUGUGAAGCUCAACAAGCAUAUCUGGAGCCGUGGGAUCCGAAGUGUGCCAAGGAGAGUCCGGGUGCGCAUUGCUCGAAAGAGGAAUGAUGAGGAAGAUGCCAAGGAGGAGCUCUACUCAUUGGUGACAGUUGCAGAGGUCCCACCUGAGGGUUUGAAAGGAUUGAGUACCAAGGUCAUUGAAGAAGCAGAUUGAACUUGCCAACGAUCUAGGCUUUAGUUAAAGUUUAAUUUUUUGUCCUGCUUUUGUUCAGUUUACAGACUUCAAGUUUUGGUCCUGAGUUUGGUAGGGAAUUUUCUGCCUCCACAGUGGAUGAUGUAUUUCGGAGUACUAUUUAAUCUAUUUCGUUAGUAUUUUUUAAUCUUGAUUAUUGUUUCAUCUGUAUCAGUGGUACAUUUGAGGUUUCAAUAGAGUGCAAGAAAAAGCUUCUAACCAGGAGUUGGUUGUCAUCAUCCAUGUAAUACAAAGCCUAAAUGUACCCAACAAAAAAUAGAAUUUUCCUUGCAAGUGAGAGUUGAGA